GCGGCUUUUAGAAAUAUUAGUAAUUCUCAAGACAUCGUGCCUUUGCGUUCCUAUCAGUUCCUCCCAUUAGUGCCUCGGAUCGACCACUCUCGCCAUGCUUCUAAGAGUAUAAAUUCAGAACCUGAAUUUAAUACUUGUCUUGCAUCUAAACCUCGGACAGGCUCCUACAUCUACUUUCUUUAAAAUGUUCUCAAAGACCGUUAUCGUUGCUGCUAUUGCCUCACUCGUCGCUGCUGCCCCAACUCCAGCAGGUGCACCAGCCGCUAAGCGUUCAAGCGACACUUAUGGUAACAUGGCUACCUACUACGACGCUGAAACAGGCAACGCUGGCGCUUGUGGUAACUACCUCUCCAACAACGAUAGAUUCCUUGCUGUCAGCAUGAACUCCGAUAUUCCAUGCGGGAAAUGGAUGGGUUUCAACGUUAACGGCAAGACCAGCUACGGUUACGUUGCCGACAAGUGCGCUUCAUGUGCAGACAACCACUACGACAUGUCAAUGACGCUCUUCAAUGAAUUCGCUGACUACAGUCAAGGUGUCGUCAAUGAUAUCUGGGCAUGGGAGUUGGACUUCUAAAAAGCUCCCAGAUCAAGAAUAACUACUGGAUAGAUUUAAAGGCUCUCUGGUAUAGCCAUCUAUAGAAGUAUUAUUAUUAAAGCACGUGCUGUGCACUCUUGUACACUCUUUGAACGCUCAUUUGUAUAGAAACGAGGUAUAUUGCG